AAUGAAGUUACCUUAUCUUCAAGGUAAGUGGGAAAAUAAAAUGUGUUUUACAUUUUUGACCGUAAACAUGUAAAUGGUAUUGAUUAUUGUAUUAGUGUUAGAUCUUCUAUUGAUCAUAUUGAGAAGAAAGAUUUUGUCUUGGAAUUUACAGUUGGAUAUCAGUAAGCUUUAUAUUUUUAUUAUAUAUACAUAUACUAACCGAAACUUACUAUUAGUCAUAAUUUACCCGUUUUUAUCAAACAAAUUGGAUUUAAAAAAUUAAAAAUAGAUGAUUCUAUUCGUGAAGAAGUAGCAUUGAUGAAGUUUUCUAGACAUCCAAAGCUAGUCGAAUUUAUUGGUAUUUGUGCUGAGCCCAAUGCUACGUUUAUAGUAGAAGAGUACUGCGCAAAAGGAACACUAGCGGAUAUAUUAGCUAAUUCUGAUAUUGAUUUAUCA